AUGGCGGCCUCGCAGCUGGGCUGCCUGGAGGACGUCCCGCCAGGGACCCCGGUGACCGAAUCCAGCCCCGAAUUCUUCUACUCGGAGGGACAGCGGCUGGCUGUGGAGGCCCUGCUGGCCGGAGGGCAGGCGGCCUACGCCAAGCGCCUGGCGCAGGACGGGCUGCGCCCCUUCCUGUCCGACGAGGAGCUCCACAGCCCAGAGCGGGCGGGGGAGGGGGACGGGGACGCCGCCGAGCUGAGCCUCAGCUACUGGCCCGGGUGCUCGGACGAACCCACCCCCGAGCUGGAGCUGGGCUGGCCCCUGGGCGGCAACUGGAAGGGCUUCACGCGAGCCGAGGUCUUCACGCAUCCGCCGGGGGACGGAGCCCCCAAGGUCAAGGAGCUGGUGCGCAGGAAAAUCCAGCAGGCUGCCAAGGUGGUUGCCAUAGUGAUGGACGUCUUCACGGACCCCGAUAUCCUGCUGGACUUGCACGAGGCGGGCAUGAGGCGCGGGGUCCCCGUGUACCUGAUCCUGGGGGAGCAGCACCUGGCCGCCUUCCUCAGCAUGGCAGAGGCCGUCUGCCUCAACGUGCACUCCAUGGAGGUAGGGGCUGGCUUGGGGGUGCCCAGCCCCCCAGCCCUCUGCAGCACGGCUCCCCCUUGCGCCCCACUGGGGUAUUGGGACCAGCCCUGCCUGCCAGAGGAGAGCGCCCCCUGCUGCGUCCCCCAUUCCCUGCAGCACGGCUCCCCCUUGCGCCCCACUGGGGUAUUGGGACCAGCCCUGCCUGCCAGAGGAGAGCGCCCCCUGCUGCGUCCCCCAUUCCCUGCAGCACGGCUCCCCCUUGCGCCCCACUGGGGUAUUGGGACCAGCCCUGCCUGCCAGAGGAGAGCGCCCCCUGCUGCGUCCCCCAUUCCCUGCAGCACGGCUCCCCCUUGCGCCCCACUGGGGUAUUGGGACCAGCCCUGCCUGCCAGAGGAGAGCGCCCCCUGCUGCGUCCCCCAUUCCCUGCAGCACGGCUCCCCCUUGCGCCCCACUGGGGUAUUGGGACCAGCCCUGCCUGCCAGAGGAGAGCGCCCCCUGCUGCGUCCCCCAUUCCCUGCAGCACGGCUCCCCCUUGCGCCCCACUGGGGUAUUGGGACCAGCCCUGCCUGCCAGAGGAGAGCGCCCCCUGGUGGGGAAGGGCCUGCAAAGAGAGAAAAGCAGGGCGUGUGCUCUGGGGCAGUGAUAUGGAGAUGUGGGGGGCGUCCAGCUACCCUCAGGCUUGGGUUAUCUGCCCUGGAGAUGAGGAUCCCCCUCAGUGUUGCGUUAGCCCCAGCGCCUGAUUUUGUGCAUCUCCCCUCCCCCCCCAGAACCUGCAGGUCCGGGUCAUUGCAGGCUGCACUUUCUGGCGCCGAACGCGCCAAUGAGAAUCUUGCAGCCUUAUUGUGA